AUGAGCAAUAUACUAGCAUACUUCCAGCUGGGACCUCCGUCGGGAUGGACAGAGUCAAUUGUUCUGCACACAGCGCGGAUCCCGUUUGCGAUCGCUAUUCUCUGUCUCAGCGCCUGGCUGUACCCGUCCCUUCCUGAAAACGUCUUGUUCUUCUCGAUUGGCUUGGCCAUCUUCACAAUAACAGUCUGCAUCGGCUCCAUCAUAUUCCGAUUCGCGUAUCCGAGCAUAUACAACAUAAAGAUCGAUCUUGCAACUCACGUCUUGAUGGGCGUACUCUGGGUAGUCGACCUUGUUCUCAUGUGCUUCCUGGGUUGGUACCGGCGCGCCGACAAAGAGUAUCUGUUCAAACUAUGGGUGGCGAAACUUGUCAUGGGGACUAUCGAGUGGGCUCUCUGGCUCUUUGAAGCGCUCGUUCUCGCGCGAGACUUAAUGAAACCCUCACCUGAUAACGAGCCCAUGCCACUCCCACCACUGCCAUCAGCCAGUAACUUUGAUUGGCCAACAUCGCCACAACAAAUCGAUCCAUGGUCACCAGUCUCGCCUCUCGAACCUCCUCGCUCGGGGCCACAGCCUUUGCUUCCUGAAAGCGUCAACCAAUACGACGAUGAUGCACAGCAGCUCCCGGAUGAUUUCGAGUUCGGCUUUUCUCAAGAAACUUCUAGCGAUAGCUCGGGUCAGCAAGUAGCGGAGCUGAGUCCUCAGCAAGCUUCCAGUUCCACCUGCAGUCAGGGUAGAAGGGGCGCGGUCAGUCAUCUCGAUCCAGUCGGGUCACGGUGUGUUUCACCUAAGAAGCAGCCUGUUAGGAAGUAG